AUCUCAUACUAUAUGCCUAUUUUGCAAACAACACACACAACCAGUGAUUCAGCACUUAAUACACACAACACUUGCUGUGAAUUAUCGUCGAUAUAGUGGUUAACCAUCGCUGAAGACAAUGACAGUCAUCGCCAACACAGCUGAUCCCAUACGGGAGAAGGCUCUGCAGGACUACCGCAAGAAGUUGGUGGAGCACCGGGACAUCGAGAGCAGACUCAAAGACGUGCGGGAAUCGCUCAAAGAAGUGAACAAACAGUACGAGAAGAGUGAGAACGACUUGAAAGCCCUGCAAUCGGUCGGUCAGAUCGUGGGGGAAGUCCUGAAACAGCUGACGGACGACAACUUCAUCGUGAAGGCGACCAAUGGGCCCCGGUAUGUGGUCGGGUGUAGGCGCCAACUCGACAAAAGCAAACUCAAAGCCGGCACUCGGGUGGCACUCGACAUGACUACCCUCACGAUCAUGCGAUACCUGCCCCGAGAGGUGGACCCUCUGGUCUACAACAUGUCCCACGAAGACCCCGGAGAUGUCAACUACUCGUCCAUCGGAGGUCUGGGAGAGCAGAUCCGUGAGCUCCGGGAGGUGAUUGAGUUGCCGCUACUCAACCCCGAACUCUUCCAGAGAGUGGGCAUUACGCCGCCCAAGGGAUGCCUACUAUACGGACCGCCCGGUACGGGUAAGACACUACUGGCCCGAGCGGUGGCCUCACAACUGGAGGCAAACUUUCUGAAAGUGGUGUCGAGUGCCAUAGUGGACAAGUACAUUGGUGAGAGUGCCAGGCUCAUUCGCGAGAUGUUUAACUACGCGCGCGAUCAUCAGCCGUGCGUUAUAUUCAUGGAUGAAAUCGAUGCGAUCGGUGGGCGCCGGUUCUCAGAGGGUACGAGUGCUGACCGGGAGAUACAGAGGACUCUUAUGGAACUCCUCAAUCAGAUGGACGGCUUCGACUCGUUGGGACAGGUUAAGAUGAUUAUGGCGACCAACAGACCCGACACACUGGACCCGGCGCUCCUACGGCCGGGCAGAUUGGACCGUAAGAUUGAGAUCCCACUGCCCAAUGAGCAAGGUAGACUAGAGGUGCUCAAAAUACACGCCCAGCCCAUCGCCAAACACGGAGAGGUGGACUGGGAGGCGGUCGUGAAGCUGAGCGACGGCUUCAAUGGCGCCGACCUGAGGAAUGUGUGCACCGAAGCGGGACUGUUCGCCAUCCGAGCGGAAAGGGAUUACGUGAUCGAAGAGGACUUCAUGAAAGCCGUGCGAAAGAUCAGCGAUAAUAAGAAGUUGGAGACAAAACUCGAUUAUCAACCCGUUUAGUACAGUAUAACCACUGUUUGUCUCAACAUAUUUGUCUUAAUUUAUGGUUUAAUUGAUUAUUAUAUUCAAUAAAACACAACGUUUUUGCCUUUUUUUGAUAAUAAGCUGUAUUUGCGAUAAGAUUUUUAUAUAAAUUCACUUUUUAUCCUUU